AAAUGACACCGGAUAUCUAAUAGGGAUCACACGACAGUCAUCAGGGUUUGCACAGCUGUCAACAAAUGCAAUCAUCGAUCAAUCUGAAUACGUGCUCCAUCGAUUAGCUUGUGUCUACGCAAUAAAAUGCUUCCUCAUUGCCUAAUUGGUGUGAAAAUCUAAUUCACGUUCCACUGUGCGCAGCGAGAACCCAAAAGUUGCGCAGCAAUAUUAUUUUUUUUCUAUAAUAACAGUUAAGCAGUAGCGCGGGUGGCAGCGACGUCGACGUAGGCAAGCCACGCAACCGAAAUGGGCACAGCAAACGAAUAAAUAAAAGCAACACAAAGGACAGCAACAACAACAACAACGGCCAAAAACCAGAAUGAGAAUCAAAAGAAAGCAACAAAGCAGCGACGCAGCAGAAUAUGAAAGUUGCGCAUGCGCUGGCGUCGACGUCAAUUUUAAGGCUGGCGUUGCUCACCUCAAAUCAGUUGCAAGCGAGAAGCGCGUGCGUUAAGAACAUAGAACUAAAUCGAGCGGUUGUUGUUGGUACUUUUUUUUGGAAAAUGCUUACGCAGACUUUCACGCUGCCGACGCUAUUGCUGCUGCUGCUGCUGCAAUUGGCGUCAGCGUCAAAGCCAGCGCCCCAAACGGAAGCGAUGCACGGCUUCAGUCAAAGUUCGAGUUCGAUUUCGAAUUCGAAUUUGAAUUCGAUUGCUAAUGCGAAUUUGAAUUCGUUUGCGAAUGGGAAUUCAAAUUCGAUUGCGAAUGGGCAUUCGAACUCGAUUGCGAAUGGGAAUUCGAACUCGAUUGCGAAUAAUGAGGCAACAGAAGCUGUUACAGUGGCUACAGUGAAGCCAGAAAUGCAGGAUGUAGUGCGUCGCCGCGUGAUUACCUACGAUCAACGGCAGGAGGGACAAUACAAUAUACGCGCCGAUCUCGAUAACUUUAUGAUUGUGUUAAUACCAUCUGGUGUGAAGGAGGGCUACAGUCUACUCGAAAUGCUGGCCACAUCCACGUUGCAUGGCGCUGACAAAACUAGAAGCGGUAGCGGCGGCAGCAGCAGCCGCAGCAGGACCAGCAACAAGCGUCAACAUGCCCAGGCCGCGGCACUGAAAUCCUUCUAUGAGCACCAGCAACUGCAACAGCAACAACAACUCCAGCAUCAGCCAAUCUCUCCAUCGGCUCUGCCGGAUUUCAUUGAGGGACGCACCCCCUACCAUGUGGACAUCUCGUCGGCCAACGAGGAGUUGCAGUUGCAGCCACGUUUGCAGCGGCAGCAGGUGGAUGUGUUGCCGCCACAACUGGUUCCCAUGCCGCAGUUGAUCAGACCGUAUCAUCUGGAGGCGGAACCGGAACUAAUACAGGCACUGCCACCAGCAUCCGGUGGGGUGAACAAUAGUGGAAGCAGCUCCUCCUCCUCCUCCUCCGCCAAUCCGGCUGCUGCCGCGCAAUAUUAUCGCAAUUCGCGAUCGCUGCUGGGCAACAGUUUCGUAGAUAAUAAUCAACUAGCUGGCAGCGAUUCCUUGGGUUCCACAUCCACUUCCAAUGCCCGAUCGAUCAGUGUGCCCCUGUAUCGGAGUGAUGCAGUGCAGCACAGCAAUGUUCUCUAUCCGCCGAUCGAUGUGCCCGGCUAUAUUGUAAAGGAGGCAGAGUCGCGCAACUGGCAUCUGGAUGAGGAGCCGACACCGAUCCUAAUGCCCCGAGCCGAUCAGCUGGAUGCGGAAGUCCUCAGCUUUGAGCUGCUCGGCGAUGCUUUGGCCGAAUCGAAGACUCUGCUCCGGGAUGGAUUGGCCCGCUGUGCGCCCGGGCAGCGACGAGAUAGCUAUGGCGCCUGUCGCCAGAUCGCGGGCUACUGAGACUGAGCAUCAUUUUUGAAUCCAUUCGAUUUUAGGCUACUUCAUCAUAACAAAUACUACUCUUUUUAAUCGCAAUGCAUUUCGAUUUAAGAUUUACACAAUAAAAAUCUACAUAUAACUUUUGAUUAAUUCAA